CUCCUCUCAGUAGACCGCGUGCGCACCACGUGCAUCACAGUCACUGAACGUCCAGCGAUGGCAGAUCUUCUUUCUCAAUGCUCCGCUCUCUUUCCAUGAAAAUUUCCAUGAAAACUAACGUUUUAAUUUCGAUCUCUUUUACCUUUGAAAAGUCGAGGCUGAGUAAAUACUGAAUCUAGCUUUACUUGAUCGGAGAGAGAUGGCAUUCAUGGCGGUUUUGGAGUCGGAUCUUCGAGCUCUCUCCGCGGAGGCUCGCCGCCGGUAUCCCGCCGUUAAGGACGCCGCAGAACAUGCCAUCUUGAAGCUGAGAUCAUUGUCCAGUCCUAGUGAAAUUGCGCAUAGUGAGGAUAUACUGAAUAUCUUUCUGAUGGCCUGUGAAGCUAGGACCGUGAAGUUGAGUGUGAUUGGACUAUCUUGUCUGCAAAAGCUCAUAUCCCAUGAUGCAGUUGCACCAUCAGCUUUAAAGGAGAUUCUUAACACCCUCAAAGAUCAUAGUGAAAUGGCUGAUGAGAGUCUUCAACUUAAGACACUACAAACUAUCCUUAUAAUAUUCCAAUCUUCUUUACAACCUGAUAACGAGGAGAAUACGGCCCAAGCGCUUGGUAUUUGUCUGCGGCUUCUUGAGAGCAAUAGAUCCUCUGAUAGUGUGCGAAACACAGCUGCAGCAACCUUUAGACAGGCUGUAGCAUUGAUAUUUGAUAGGGUGGUUACUGCUGAGUCGCUUCCUGCUGGGAAAUUCGCUUCUGGGAUCUAUAUUUCUCGAAGUAAUUCAGUUACUAGUGAUGUUACCCGCAAUAUAAAUCACCUAGAGUCAUUGGAGCAAGAGUUUACUUCUGGAACUUCAACAUUAACGAGGAACACAUUAACUAAACCUGGAAAGCUUGGCCAUAGAUUGCUCGAGGAUCUAGCAGCUCUUGCAGCAAAUGGAUCUGCUACCUGGUUAAGAGUCGGUUCCCUUCAAAGAACGUUUGUGCUUGACAUACUUGAGUUUAUUUUGUCCAAUUACGUGGUGUUAUUCCGAACCUUGAUUCCAUACGAGGAGGUUCUCCGUCACCAGAUAUUCUCCCUCCUAAUGACAUCACUUCGUACAGAUUCUGAGUUUGAAGGAGAAACUGGAGAACCUUAUUUCCGUCGGUUGGUCUUGCGAUCAGUUGCCCAUAUAAUCAGGCUUUACAGUUCAUCACUAAUAACUGAGUCAGAGGUAUUUCUCAGCAUGCUAGUGAGGGCUAUCUCUCUCGACUUACCAUUAUGGCAUCGCAUUCUUGUUCUUGAAAUCCUGAGGGGCUUCUGUGUGGAGGCACGCACUUUACGAGUUCUAUUUCAGAAUUUUGACAUGCAUCCCAAGAACACAAAUGUUGUUGAGAGUAUGGUAAAAUCACUUGCUCGGGUUGUUUCGAGUGUUCAGUUUCAAGACACAUGUGAGGAGAGCCUUGCGGCUGUUGCUGGAAUGUUUAGUAGUAAAGCUAAAGGGGUUGAGUGGAGCUUAGAUAGUGAUGCAUCUAAUACUGCUGUCUUGGUUGCAAGUGAGGCCCAUGCAGUAACUUUAGCGAUUGAGGGACUACUCGGAGUUGUUUUUGCUGUGGCUACUUUGACUGAUGAGGCAGUAGAUCUUGGUGAGCUUGAAUCACCUAGAUAUGAGAUUGAUCCACCAGCAAAAUGCACUGGGAAGACUGCAUUUCUUUGUAUUUCUAUGGUUGAUUCGAUGUGGUUGACCAUUCUUGAUGCCUUGUCCUUCAUCUUGACAAAGUCUCAAGGGGAAGCUAUUGUGUUGGAAAUAUUGAAGGGUUAUCAAGCAUUUACACAGGCCUGUGGAGUUCUCCAUGCUGUUGAGCCUUUGAAUUCUUUUCUUGCAUCUCUUUGCAAAUUUACAAUCAGCAUGCCAAAUGAAGUUGAAAGGAGAAGUGUUGUGCAAUCACCUAGCGGCUUAAAACGGUCAGAAGCAUCUCUAGAACAGAGGGAAACUAUUGUUCUGACACCUAAAAAUGUGCAGGCAUUAAGAACACUUUUUAACAUAGCUCAUCGACUGCAUAAUGUUUUAGGCCCUUCAUGGAUUUUGGUACUGGAAACACUAGCUGCUCUUGACAGAGCGAUUCAUUCUCCACAUGCAACAACACAGGAGGUCUCCACAGCUGUUCCAAAGCUAACGAGGGAUUCAUCUGGCCAAUACAGUGACUUUCAUAUUCUUUCUUCUCUAAACUCUCAGCUUUUUGAAAGCUCAGCUUUGAUGCAUGUAGCUGCAGUGAAAUCACUUCUUUCUGCAUUACGUCAGUUGUCACAUCAACAUAUGUCUGCAACUUUCAGUGGCUUUGUACAAGCAUCAAAUCAAAAAGUUGGAAGCAUUAGCUUCUCGGUUGAAAGAAUGCUUUCGAUCCUAGUCAACAAUCUUCACAGGGUAGGACCAUUAUGGGAUGAUGUCAUUGGCCACUUCUUUGAGCUCACGAAUAGUUCAAAUCAACAUGUUAGAAAUAUGGCUCUGAAUGCAAUGGAUCAAUCGAUUUGUGCUGUUUUAGGAUCUAAUAUAUUCCAGGAAUAUGCGUCCUCUAAACUCCUUGCCAACAAUGUCUGGCCUGAGAAUAUAGAUAUGAGAUCACUGGAAUGCUCUAUCAUAUCUCCAUUAGCGACGCUUUAUUCUUCAACACAAAGCAUUGAGAUUCGUGUUGCAUCGCUGAAAAUUCUUGUUCAUGUUUUGGAGAGGCAUGGAGAAAAGCUGCAGUAUAGCUGGCCAAAUAUUCUUGAUAUGCUAAGGUCUGUGGCACAUGCAUCUGAGAAGGAUCUCAUUUCUCUUGGAUUCCAGAGCCUCCGUGUUAUUAUGAAUGAUGGGCUUUCGACAAUACCUACUGACUGUCUCCAUGUUUGUAUUGAUGUUACUGGAGCAUAUAGUGCACAGAAAACUGAAUUAAAUAUUAGCCUGACAGCAGUAGGUCUUCUAUGGACUUCUACUGAUUUUGUUGUCAAGGGGCUCCAGGAUGCUACUGAAGAAGAUAGAGAAGCUGAUAGAAUAAGCAAUGGGAGUAGGGAGGAACAGAAUCUUAAUUCUUCUAAUAAAGAGAGUGAACAAGCAUUACGGAUUAAUGUUAUUGAUCGUGACAAAUUGCUCUUUUCUGUUUUCUCAUUACUACAAAAUCUGGGAACUGAUGAGAGACCUGAGGUUCGGAAUUCUGCUGUUCGGACACUUUUUCAAAUUCUUGGAAGCCAUGGACAAAAGCUUUCAAAGAGCAUGUGGGAGGAUUGUCUUUGGAAUUAUGUUUUUCCUACACUAGAUCGUGCUUCUCACAUGGCUGCAACAUCCUCAAAAGCUGAAUGGCAAGGAAAAGAACUUGGAACACGUGGAGGAAAAGCAGUUCAUAUGCUCAUACAUCAUAGCCGAAACACUGCUCAGAAGCAAUGGGAUGAGACACUUGUGCUUGUGCUGGGUGGAAUUGCUCGCAUUUUAAGAUCCUUUUUCCCUUUACUCAGAAAUUUAAGCAAUUUCCAAUCAGGAUGGGACUCCUUACUACGCUUUGUUGAGAACAGCAUUUUGCAUGGCAGUAAAGAAGUUGCUCUUGCAGCAAUUAAUUGCUUACAAUCCACUGUAGUUUCUCAUUCUCCAAAGGGAAAUUUGCCAAUGCCAUACCUAACAUCUGUGCUUGAUGUUUAUGAGCUUGUUCUUUGUAAGUCGCCUAGCUACGACGAUGGUGCGACAAGCAAAGUGAAACAGGAAAUUUUACAUAGUCUUGGUGAUAUAUAUGUUCAUGCUCAGGGGAUGUUUGACAGUUGUAUGUAUUUAAAGCUGCUGGCAGUUGUAGAUAUGGGGAUCAAACAAGCCAGGAUCACCAAUAGUAACUUUGAAGCUGAAUAUGGUCAUCUUCCACCUGUACAACGCACAAUACUAGAAAUCUUACCAAUGUUGUGUCCAGCAAAGCACCUUGCUACAAUGUGGCCCCCCCUCCUUGGGAAACUAAUGCAGUAUCUUCCAGGAAGUGAUUCUUCCCUUGAGAAAAUUGAAGAUGAUGUAGAUCAAGGAACCAUUCCAAAUAGUGAUGAAGUUUCUCAUGGAAUUGCUUCAAAUGCCCAAAAGAAGGCAGAAGGUUCAUUAACUGCAGGGCCAAGUGGACCAAGUCAACUGUUUGCUGAGAAACUUAUUCCCGUACUAGUGGAUCUUUGCCUACAAGCUCCAGCUGCAGAGAAGUACAGUGCCUUACCUGACAUUAUUCAAGUUUUAGGAAGAUGUAUGACUACAAGAAGAGACAAUCCUGAUGGCACACUUUGGAGAGUAGCAGUUGAAAGUUUCAACAGAUUUGUGAUUGAUGAUCUUUGCAAGCAGAUUGAAAAUUCAGGAACAGAUGUUGCUAAUGUCAGAUCUGCAAAAAUACGUUCCUGGAAAGGAGUUGCUGAUAUUUAUGAAAUAUUUCUUGUGGGCUAUUGUGGCCGUGCCCUCCCUUCCACUGCACUUUCAGAAUCGGCGCUAAAAGCUGAUGAGUCUCUUGAACUGAAUAUAUUGGAUAUCCUCGGAGACAAGAUUCUCAACUCCCAGAUUGAUGCACCUCUUAAUAUAAUGCAGCGGCUAAUUUCAACCAUUGACAGAUGUGCUUCCCGUACGUGUUCUUUGCCUCUUAAGACUGUUGAACUUAUGCCUCUGCAUUGCAGCAGGUUUUCCUUGACCUGCUUGCAGAAGUUGUUUUCCUUGAGCAGCCACAAACCAAGUGACGAAAAUUUGACUACAUCCGAAGUUAGCAAAAUCUCAAUUGCAACGCUGAUGACGAGAUGUGCAUGCAUACUAGAUAAGUUUUUGAAGGAUGAGAGCGAACUAGGUGAUUGUCCGCUGCCUGCAGCAAGAGUAGAAGAAGUCCUCUUUGUCCUCCAAGAGUUAGCUCGUCUUGUAAUUCAUUCAGAUACUGCAUCAGUUCUUCCUAUCAGCCCACAAUUGAAGAAUGGCCUUGUAGAAGAGAAUCAUGCGAACCAUUUGCAUUUGUUCGUUCUUUUCCCAUCCUUUUGUGAGCUCGUCAUAUCAAGGGAAAUCAGGGUGAGAGAACUGGUGCAAGUAUUACUGCAACUAAUCACUUCAGAGUUGGGUCUGCAGAAGCUUUCUUUAGCUAGUUGAUUUUUCUCGUAGAGAGUUCGUGGUCAGUAAAUUUUUGUGAGAAAAAUUUUAAUUUUAUUUUACUUUUUCCUCCUUUAUUUUUUUAUUCUGAAUUUCUUUGUGUAUAAGGAAAUAGAAAUAGCAAAAAUGUGACAUUGUUUCUGUCAAAAUGGUAGUCUAGAUAAAACAAUUUUACAUAAUUUAUGUAAUUGUAUUGCAAUUGUUUUCCUAACCUAUAUGGCUAUAUUGCUCUUUUUUUUUUUUU